AUGGUAUGAUCAUCCCACACUUUGUGCCCUAUUAUUUUCGUUAUGAGGGUUUUUUCUUUACCGUCUGGGAAAGUUUGGUGCCGAGUCCACGGAGUGUUCUUACGGUUACUGUAUUUUUUUACCUGAAAAUUUUGGUCUUGCGUUAUCUACCUUUUAAUCUCUGCAAUACUUAUUUUUUUUGGUCUCUCUCGCUCGUUUCUGAAUCAUUCUUCUUGUGCAUGUGAAGUUAAAUGCAUGCUCGGCUGUAGAGGAGGGCAAACCAAUUUUUUCGUGCAAUAGUUGGUUUAAAUACCCGACCAGGUGUUAUGCCAAGCAUCCAUUUUGUGUCUGCUUUUUCUCGAUUCCACCUGCAUUGUUCCAAUGGGGCUUGCAGUUAAUAACCAUGUUUUCGGUAGAUGUAUGCGAGGAGGCGUAUUUUCAGACUGUCAAUUCCGGCCGUGGAGUUUCAAUGAGUCGUGGGAUUUGAAGUGUUGUUAGUUUUUAUUACUUUAGAAAGUUGCGCCUUAGUUUUCUGGGAUGAUCUCGCAGCCGAAGCAGAUACACGAGAUCAAGGAUUUCCUGCUCACUGCGAGGAGGAAAGAUGCGCGCUCUGUGAAGAUCAAGAGGAGCAAGGAUGUCGUGAAGUUCAAGGUUCGAUGCUCCAAAUAUCUGUACACACUCUGCGUGUUUGAUUCGGAGAAGGCUGAUAAGCUAAAGCAGUCUCUUCCACCUGGUAAGCUGGAACCUGCUCUCCCUCAUAUUUUCCCUGGUAAAAUGUUAAGCUGGAAAAUCUGUCAGCAGUUUCGAGAAUAUUUCAUCCCGAUUGAUGUUCAUGGUCUCAGAUGCUAGUGUCUAAAUUGGAAGUUGAGAAAAUAGAUCGAAAAUAGAUGAACUCUUUGGUUGUUUGUUUGCUAAUGUAAAUAAUGUGUGGUGUUAUUAUCCGUCUAAGUUUGGGGCAGCCUAUCACAUUUUUGUAAAAGAAAGUUUUCAUUGGGCCAUUACGUUAAAAAAAGGGUAUUGGGUCAGGCUGGAUUCUGAUUGGCCAGUGUCUGUGUUUAAUUACCCAGAGGUUUUUGAGAAUAUUCGUUCCAUGAGCAAACCCAGGACGGAUGGUUAAGGAAGGGGUCAGCAUUGAGAAAUUGCAUUCAUAUGGAGUAUUCUGGGUUGCUGUGGGCGUUUAAAUUGGGUUUUUCGUUUCAUCACUGUUGGUUAACAUGAAUUUGGGAUGAAAAUUUGCUAGUUCAUCACUGUAGACGACAAGGUAAAGACGUGAUCUAGAAGAUGAACCCUUGUAAGAUGUAUCAAAUCGAAAUUUUCUUGCCAAAGAUUUCCAAUUGCCUUUGGGGGGAAAGUUCCCUCAUAUCAUUGAGUAGCACUUUCACAGAGCUGAAAGGUUAGGGGAAUUAGAGUCUCAUGGAAGGGAAUGACUCGACGAGCGUAUCGUUUAGAAUGGAUGAUGAUGGGAAAUGGAAAUCAGGAGAGAAGUUUUGACAACUUUGGGAAAUGAUGGACAGACCUUCUUGUCUUCUGGGUGUACCUCAUUGUCAAUGGAUUUUCCCCUGUUCCACAGGAUACUAGAAAAAUAGUGCACUGGCUUAGUGCAAGCUGCAAUGGGACGUUGUCGCUGACGAUUUUCAGCACUUGUUUUCGCUUCUAAUCAUUCUUUAUAACAUAGUUUCGCAUUUGUCAUAUGAGGGUUCAUCCGUCUAAUUUUUAUCAACAAUUGUGCUGUGUUCGUUCUGUUCUAUAGUUAUGUUUCUUUCUUUUUUUUCCUAUCAGGCUUGAGUGUUCAGGAGGUGUGA